AUUUCGAUGUUAUGUAGCAUCCAGUGCUCAUCGAUAUUUUCCUGGGGCGAUAUACAGUUAUUCCGUGGCACUUGCUUGAAUCACUUCACAAUUAGCAUUGGCUGUGCGACGCACGCGCUUGCAACUCAGUUCAAAUUUGGCGCGCCGCCGUAGCGUUCAACGUCAAACAGCUCGUAAGUUGCUCGCCCUUGCCGAAUGCCGAAUCGGUACGACCGACCGAACCAGGACGGCCAAGCGUAGUGCGAACGAGUGAAGGGGUCAUUUGUUUCUGUUUAUUUUUGUUUUUGCAAACUUGUUAAAAACCACUCGCUAAACUUUAAAGUGUAAAUAAAUGUUUAUAUAAGUGAAUAAAACUAGUGCAAAAUUAAUGUUAAGACUGAUAUCAACCCAGUUCAGGUUCGACGCUAACGCCAAUGCUCGAGUAAACAGUAGUACUACACUACACCGUUCGUAGAUACUACAAUAAUAUUUAUAAUGGACGUUGAAAGGAAGAUACAUUUAGGGGAAGGUGUUCCAUUAAACUCGUCAGGUGCAAAUAUAUUUUUGAACACCGGUAAAAGCAAAGAUGCAAAACUAGGCUCUCGAGAUUGCCCAGUUAUACAUCUAAAAACAGAGAAACCGUCAGACCUUGGUGUACAUAUAAAUACUACAUUCUCGAUAGCGUCUUCCAAGAAAAUAAAGCUUUUGUUCAUUUUAAAUUUUAUGCUAAGUGUCAUAUGUAUGGUUCUUAGUUGUUCCAUAGCUUUCUAUUAUUGGAAUGAAAUGAUUUUAAUGAGGAGGCAACUGGAUAUGAUAAAAGACCAUUUCAUGUUUCAAAACAUAGGACAUGAGACACUUGUGCAGAGUGCUCUGGUUGCCCCAAAAUCACAGUCCUCGGACAGAGAACCCAGAAUGAACAAUGAGAAUGCCAAGAAAUACUUUGUGGAGGAUCUUGGUGAGGACAUGCUACUUGUAGAUUCAAGAAAGAAAAACAUGACUCAAGAUAUUCUUGAUAACAAUAUCUCAGUCCUACAAAAAGAUUUACUGGUUGUCCAUUUCAACGGAGCAUACCAGGAGAAAAAUAUGAGUACGCAAUCAUUAAUGGGUCCUUGGGUUCGAGACACCGAAGUCUCUUCUAAACAGAGCGACGAGAAAAUCAAACUGAACAGCGACUUCAACUACGUAACGAUUAAUGAGAGCGGACUUUAUUUAGUUUAUACACAAGUGGUGUACUUAACUAAAGAGUCGAACUGUUACUUCGUUUGGGCCCACCAACCGGACAAGGAGCCCCGGCUGCUGUCCACGUGCGCCACGGGUGACGACUCCAGCCGGCGGCCGAUAGCCAAGUCCCAGAUGUCGUGCUCGGUGCAGACCGUCGCGAGACUGUACAAGGGCGACACCGUCAAUAUCGCUCAACGUGAACCCAACAGGAGGGUGUGGCUGCGACCCGGCUACUCAUACUUCGGCUUCGUGAAACUUAGUUCCUAAACGGCUGUGAAUGUAGCCUUAAGUAAGCUAUAAACCCCGCAUUUUGUUGAUCGUUCAAAUUUCUAAACGGUUUUCUGGUGUGGAACGUGCCUUAUUUGCUUAUAUGCAAUAAUUGAGUCAAAAAAAUUUCAGUUUUAGAGCUUUUGUGUGCUAUUCACAAAAUGUGGGGUCGCGUGGUGGCGAACUCGUCGCCGCAAGCGAUGGUGCUAAUACGAUUUCGUGUAUCCGAUUAGAAUAGAUUUACGUGCCAUAAUUGUUGUACCUACAUGAGGGAAUAUGUACCAUUUACAUCACACCGCACCCGAAUUGAAAAUAAACAAAGUCUUUGUCAAAAUGUAAACAAACAGGCUUUUUAGAAGAGACAAAAGGACUUUGAAAAUUUAGCAAAGUUAGAAGUUCGAAGAUAUAAUUGUCUGCACAACGUGUUUUGCUAAUUAUUAUUUAAAGAGUCAAUUAAUACCAAUAACCAACUAAUUAAUUUGGACAAGAACUCUGGCAUAACACCGCUUUGAAACUAACCGAAUCAUGACACAUACGAUGCUAAUAGUUUAUCAGUUAGAAUACAGUGCUGGGUCACGUAAUACAAAACUGGUGCAGAUAUUUAUAUUUUUACAUUUUAUAAUUAAGACAAUGAUCUCGAAAAUUCGAUAGGAUGAUGUGGACCAAAAUUUCGUCAUUAACCUAUACAUUACGUUAAGUAGAUGUUACUGUGUUCAAAAUGCUAUAUAUAAAUUUAGUAUUUUCUUAAUUUUGUAAUUAAUACGGCUUGAGAGCACAUUACAGAUAAAUGUGUAGAUUAAUUACAAAUUAUCGGUGGAUAGCCAAGCUCACUCGCCGGAUCUUCUCAGUGGGUCGCGAUUCCGAUCCGGUGGUAGAUUCAGCAAUGGACUUGCUAGGGUUAGUGUUAGCAAACCUCUCAGGUAGAGUCAGCUUACUCACCUACCGGUCCGCGUGAGGUUGGAAUAGGCCCUUAGGCUACCAACGAUUAGAUAGGAAGAAGAAAAAAAAGCUUGCGUCUUUCCUAAUUGUUGGAUAAAAAAUUAGUGAUUUGCGUUUUCAUAACGAUAUUGAGAAUUUCAAUCAAAAAACGACACCGAUUGAAACAUUUAACUCAAGUACUUUACAGGGAUGAAAGCGUUUCGAUAUAUCUAUAUGUAAUAGACGUUUUCUAAAUUGUCUUCCAUGCAAUGUUUAUUAUUAAUCUUCUAUUCUUUUACCCGAGAAACGAUUAAUCCUUCGAAAUAGUGAAGAUAAUAAAAUUAUUCAAAACAACAACUAAUUUAGGUACAAAAAUAAUAUGACAUUAUUAUAAAAUGUAACUCAAAGAAAUAACGUAACCGUAUCUAAAAACUUUAAUGAAAAACUCGGUUAUUAUUAUAUCAAUAUUAGUGGAAUUAUAGUAUUCUCUUCGGUACGCGAGUCGUAGUCAUAAUUAAAAACGAUUUUAUGAUUUAAUUUCGUGGUUUAUAAUGGCCGUCUUUAUAAUAUUAUUUCCGACUUUUGGAAUACUGUACAGUUUUUGUGGUCACAGACGACUUUUCAUUACUAUUAGUGUAAUUAACAAAAUAAGUUACAAUAUUCUCCCAUACGAGUCGAGGGCAAUCUGAAUUUUCAUUUUUCCUAAAAAAAAUAAUUAUAUGGUGGUUUCGUAAAGUAUUUCCAUUGCCACAUUGACAUGUGCAACUUAUCCUAAUAAGAAAUCGGACUAGAGAUAAUAUGCUAGACUCGAAAAACAAAAAAACUAAUCUUUCUGUUUUGCUCAAACGACAUUGCAAUUUUAAUUGUAACUUUGUUAAUAAUACAAUUGAUAAUUAUGUGUGUUUUGUACACUUGUGUUCAUGUCAACAUAAAUAUUUUAGCUCAAUUCUUAAGUAUCAUUACAUUUUUUGCAAUAUUAUAAAAUAUAUAAGUACCCAUUCAAGAAAGAUGAGCGCGUUCACUGGGAAGAAUAGCCUGUCUUCAAUGGUGACGCAAACCUCUGACUGUUGGGGUUUUUGGGGUUUAUUUUUCCAUUGAUAUUCACUCUUAACACUCGCGAUCAGAGCAGCAUUUGAAACCACUGCUUUCAUCCAAAGUGCCCUUCCAGAGAUCAUUGACACGUACCAUAAUUGCUCUAGCAUGAACUCCUCCAGAGUGUUGGUUGAGUGUUAUGACAUGUCCUUCUAACGAGGAUCUAAACGAAUACUCCCCAACAGUGCGUUGCGGCUUAGAUGUGCCCUGGACAUUGCCGAUGUCCAUGAGUGACGCUGGUAACUCCAUAUAUGCAGGCCGUAUGCUCCUCUGUUCUCGAAAACAAAAAAGUCUUAAUUAAUUUAAGCGUAACCAUUAACACUAAUCAUACCAAUACUUACUGGUACCUAUUUCUACCAUAACGAAUAGAUAGGUAACGGUAUACGACAAGUAUUAUUCUAAAUAAACAAAACAAAACACCAAAAAAAAAGUAUAAUAACUGUAGAUUAAUUGCUAUGAAAAAGUGAUGAAGUCAAAUGUGCAAAAGCAAUAAGAUGAUAAUAUGUGUAUUUUCAAUGCAAAAGUUAAAAUUGGGUCAUUUGACCCGUUAUGGUAUGUUUAGUGUUAACGUAACUUGUACUAGCUAGUACUUAUAUUAAGAUAAGAAUAAAAUUGGUAAUAAGCUUAUUUUAGCUCUAGUUGAUAUAAUAAGUUAAGAAUCUUCAAACGAUUCAUUUAUGAAUAUUUUGGAAACAUUUAAAAUAAAUGUUUGUUUUUAAUACUUAUUUAGUCAAACUUCAAAUAGUAAUUAACAGUUUCUUGUUAUCGAGCGAAUCCAAUGAGUGCACUUGCACUCAUUAACUUAUUGUAUCUAGGCCACAAGCAUCUAUCCAAAAAAAAAGAUGUAUAUUUCCAACUUUUGAUGAUUUUGAUUAAAGUUCAGCUAAACUACUGGAAAAUAGGGAAAACUGUUAAAUUAAACUUGAUACUUUGUUCGUAGUAAAGCCAUAUUUUGUGCUAUGUAAGGUAGAAUCCUGUGAAAUGGUGCUGCAGUGUAUAAUCGCCUGAUUAUGUAAACGUUUUUUUGACGAUUGAUUCAUUUUUAUUAUUAUUAUUAUAUCUUGUUCAGUUGUAGAAUUAAGUCGCAAAUGUGAUGUCUUUAGUUAUAAUUCUGAGUUAAAUUUCAUUGAUUAUUAUUGUGUAAUUAUUAAAUUGAAACUUUAUGUAUGUUUGUCUAUGUUUUGUAUUUUUGGUAGUAGUACCCGUCCACAAAUAAAGUGCCUUGCGUAUAUACGCAAUGUAAA